AUGGUUGCUCUGUUAUCAGACUGGAGAUAUGAUAAUGGUAUGACGAAAGGGCCCGACCCGAAUACCGACGGAUGCCCGAAAUUCGAAGACUUUCUCGGGUCAUGCUACCCCAACCCGCCGGCGAACGAACCCACCGGAGGAAUCAACGUGAACGCGCCGCCGGGAUUCACCGUCGAUCACCGUGUGGAAAGCUUCAGCAGCCCGUCUCUUUUUCUCCAACCCUACGACGGCUACGGUGGUUAUCAGGCGCCGCCGGGUUUCUCCGGCGGUGGUGCGGCGGCGGUUUCAGGUCUCAAGAGUUGGCCGUCUCCGCAGGAUGAGAAAUCCGCGGCGGAGGGGGCUGGUCACUGUGACUUUCAGGCGCUGUCUUUGACCGUGAGCCCCGGCUCACGGACGGCGCCGCAACCGCCAGUGGCGGCGGAAGUAAGGAAGCGGGGUUCGCCGGCAAAGGCUGGGGUAGUUAGGGAGAAUCUGCCUCGUAAAUCGAUCGAUACUUUUGGGCAAAGAACUUCUCGGUAUCGUGGGGUUACCAGGCAUAGAUGGACAGGAAGAUAUGAGGCACAUUUGUGGGACAACAGUUGCAGAAAGGAAGGGCAAACAAGGAAAGGAAGGCAAGAUUUAUUUUUAUUAAUCUUUUUUUUUUUUUGCUCUUUUUUAGGUGGAUAUGAUCAAGAAGAAAAAGCAGCUAGAGCUUAUGAUUUGGCUGCUUUGAAGUAUUGGGGAGUCACUACACAUAUAAAUUUUCCUCUCAGCAACUAUGAAAAAGAGCUUGAAGAGAUGAAAAACAUGAGUAGGCAAGAAUUUGUGGCUCAUUUAAGAAGAAAAAGCAGUGGGUUUUCAAGAGGAGCAUCCAUGUACAGAGGAGUAACAAGGCAUCAUCAGCAUGGAAGGUGGCAAGCCAGAAUAGGAAGAGUUGCAGGCAACAAGGACUUGUACCUUGGUACCUUCAGCACACAAGAAGAAGCUGCAGAAGCAUAUGAUAUUGCAGCCAUCAAGUUCAGGGGAACAAGUGCCGUGACGAAUUUCGACAUAACAAAAUACGACGUGACGAGAAUUUGUUCCAGCUCGACUCUCAUCACAAGCGACCUCGCCAAAUGGUCCCACGACGAGCCUAACUCGGAUACGCUAGCUGCAGAUAUUAUGCAUCCGGGCGGAGGCCCAAGUAAUCAGAACACGUCCGGGCUGUUUGGUCUGGAGUCGGGCGGCCAAGGAGGGUAUCCGGAGGCCCAUUUGCAGCCCGAUAGGGAGAGAUAUGAAGAGAGGGAUGAUCGGGCAUGUUUGGGCCGGGGGCCCGAAAUGCGACUGGGGCAUCGGGCCCCUUUGUUUGCUCUGUGGAAUGAUUGA